CUCACUUCUUCUUCUUCUUCUUCUUCUUCUUCUUCCUCCUCUGUCUUUGCGCCCAAACCAAAACCCCACACAAAAGCCCUCUCUUUUGUUAUCUUCUCUCUUCUGAAACUAGGGUUUUUUAAUUUCUCUGAGUGAUGUGAAAUGCUCGGUUAAGGAGGAAACGAUGCAGAAGAUUCUGUGCAAAAGUACUACUUGUUCAACCCCUGUUCUCUCUACUCCGGUGAACUCUUUCGCCGCCGGUUUCAUCUCACUAGGGGUUAAGACCCACGUCAAAAAUCUCACUCCUUGUUCCACUCCUAAACCUUUAUCCACUUGUUUCUUCUCUACUUCCGCUAUGCCGACGAAGACGGCUUCUAUUUCUUCAGGCGGUGUUGGUUUCUCUGCUUAUCUACAGAGGAGUGUUCAUAGACCAGCAGCGCCGGCGUCGCUACGGUUCUCAACAGCUGGUUACCGGGCCUGCCGGUGUUCAAUCGACGGUGGAACCCCUAGUACGAACCGGGCUUGGGUCGGUCGAACCGGGACGUGGCGUGCGUUUUUUUGCUCGGAGUCUAACGGUGGCGUAAGUACGGUUUAUGCUACUGCUGGAGCAGUGGUUGAGAGCGAGGAAGAGUCUGACGGAGAAGAUGAAGAGGAGAAAGAUGAAAAGCCUGUGAGGAUGAGCCGUCGAAGUCGGAGUUCUAGUGGAAGUGGUGACUUUAUCGGUAACCCAGAUUUGCUGAAGAUUCCUGGAGUGGGUUUAAGGAAUCAGAGGAAGCUUGUUGAUAAUGGGAUUGGAGAUGUUGCAGAGCUCAAGAAGCUCUAUAAAGAUAAGUUCUGGAAAGCGAGUCAGAAGAUGGUUGAUUAUCUUAGGAGCUCUGUUGGGAUUAUACAUAGGAACCAUGCGGAGAGUAUAACAACGUUUAUCAAAGAGAGUGUGGAUGAUGAGCUAAAGGAUUCUGGCCCUGAACCUAAUCUGAAUGCAAAGAAACGUUUGACGUUUUGUGUUGAAGGGAACAUUAGUGUCGGUAAAUCAACUUUUCUUCAGAGAAUAGCCAAUGAGACGGUGGAGUUACAAGACCUCGUUGAGAUUGUUCCUGAGCCAGUUGCUAAGUGGCAAGAUGUUGGACCUGACCAUUUCAAUAUCUUGGAUGCUUUCUACUCUGAGCCUCAGAGGUAUGCUUAUACUUUCCAGAACUAUGUGUUCGUCACUCGGCUAAUGCAGGAGAAAGAGUCUGCUUCUGGGGUGAAACCUCUCAGGCUGAUGGAAAGGAGUGUCUUCAGUGACAGAAUGGUGUUUGUGCGUGCGGUUCAUGAAGCUAAGUGGAUGAACGAGAUGGAGAUCAGCAUCUAUGAUUCGUGGUUUGAUCCGGUUGUCUCUUGUUUACCUGGACUUGUUCCUGAUGGGUUUAUAUACUUGAGGGCGAGUCCAGACACUUGCCACAAGCGGAUGAUGCUCAGGAAACGAACUGAAGAAGGUGGAGUCUCGUUGAAGUACCUCCAAGAUUUGCACGAGAAACAUGAGAGCUGGCUUCUCCCGUUUGAGAGCGGAAACCAUGGUGUGUUGUCUGUUAGUAAACCGUCUUUACACAUGGACAGCUCUCUGCAUCCUGAUAUAAAAGACCGCGUCUUUUACUUGGAAGGGAAUCAUAUGCAUUCUAGUAUCCAGAAAGUAAGUAAAGCUACCUUAUUUUUUUAUGUUUGUGCUAGGAGUCUAGAGAUGGAUNUCUGCUGA